CUUCUCGGUAUCAGUUUGUAGCCGAAUUGCCAAGUUCGAUGAGAAGUUUUCGGUAUUCCAAAUUGCAAACUUCGAUUUGAAGUACUUGGUAUCCGUUCCUUUGUUCGUGUCUAUGAUCUAUAUAUAUACAUAUUGAAAGGAUGUUUUCAUUCGUUCACAUCCUUUGUGAGAUUAGAGUGGAAAGUUUGCAUUAGUUGCAGAAUUCUGAAUAAUUCUUGGAAUGGAAGUUUUCAAGCCUGGGUUGAAACUAUGUUCAUCAACUAAGGAGCUUUCGAGAUUUGAUGGUGCAAGCACUAGUGAGCAAAGAAAGAAAGAGAAUAGCAUCAAAAUUGAAAAGGCAUCAUAUGACUGCAACUUAGAGACUGAGUCAAGGAACAAGGGUGCUGAAAUGGCUAUGAACAAGUCGCUGGUACUAGGUUGUUCAAGCAGUAAGGUGAACCUUUCUAAGAGCAAAGGUAAAGCUGUAUUGUGCUCCUCUAGUGAAAUUGAAGAACUAAAUGAAAGAAUGAGGAUUCUUGAAGAAGAAACUGAAAGUAUGAAGCAAGAAUUAUUUGAGAGUGCAGAAGAACGAAGGAAGUUGACAAAUGAGAUAUAUCAGCAGUUUCAGAUAUUAACAAGAGAGUUCAAGAUUAAUGUUGGAAGUACUAGUGAGAACUCUUCACAGGAUGAGAGAACAGGAACGCAUUUAUCAGAGGAUUUACAACAAGAAUUAGCUCAAACUUUGUCAAUGCUGAUGUUAACACAAUGAAUAUCAGUCUUUCAAUAUGUAAUUGUAUUUGUAAACGAACAUGUCUGAAUCUCAUUUAUACCUUAUUUGGUAAGAAUUUCACUGUUAUAUAA